AUGCCACAGACACCUCCCUUUGCAGCGAUGUUUGACAGCAGCAGCUACAACAGGAACCUGUAUCAGACAAAAGAAGACAACUGUGGAGGGCUCUAUUACCAGGACAACAAUCUGCUGUCGGGGUCUCUGGAAGCUCUGAUCCAGCACUUAGUACCCAAUGUGGAUUACUAUCCAGAUAGGACAUACAUCUUCACCUUCCUUCUCAGUUCCCGCCUCUUCAUGCACCCGUACGAGCUCAUGGCCAAAGUCUGCCACCUGUGCAUUGAGCAGCAGAGCCUCAGUGAGCCUGCCCUGGACAAGAACUGGACCCAGAAAAUUGCACCAAAAAUCCUACAGUUGUUGACUGAGUGGACAGAGACUUUUCCUUAUGAUUUCCGAGAUGAAAGAAUGAUGAGGAACUUAAAGGAGUUGGCACAAAGAAUAGCCAGUGGGGAUGAGCAGGUGUACCGGAAGAACGUGCAGCAGCUCCUCCAGAGCCUGAUUCGGAAGCUGGCCGCAGUGACCCAGUACGAGGAAGUGCUCGCAAAAAUUGAUGCCACCACAUCCACAGACCGCCUCACCCUCCUAAAGACCAAGCCCCAGUCCAUCCAGAGGGACAUAAUCACAGUCUGCAAUGAUCCUUAUGUGUUAGCUCAGCAGCUGACGCACAUAGAGCUUGAGAGACUCAAUUAUAUUGGACCAGAAGAAUUUAUCCAGGCGUUUGUACAAAAGGAUCCUUUGAAUAAUGACAAGGGCUGCUAUGGAGAUGGAAAGAAGACUCGGAAUCUUGAAGCCUAUGUGGAGUGGUUUAACAGGCUCAGUUACUUGGUUGCAACAGAAAUCUGUAUGCCUGUGAAGAAGAAGCACAGAGCAAGAGUGAUAGAAUAUUUCAUCGAUGUGGCACGGGAAUGUUUUAACAUUGGCAACUUCAAUUCCUUAAUGGCUAUUAUUUCUGGCAUGAAUAUGAGUCCUGUGUCUCGAUUAAAGAAAACCUGGGCAAAAGUGAAGACAGCCAAGUUUGAUAUUCUUGAGCAUCAGAUGGACCCUUCCAGCAAUUUUUACAAUUACCGAACUGCUCUGCGUGGAGCCACCCAGAGGUCCCUGACAGCUCACAGCAACAGAGAGAAGAUCGUGAUACCUUUCUUCAGUCUCUUGAUCAAAGAUAUUUACUUCCUCAAUGAGGGUUGUGCCAAUCGCCUUCCAAAUGGUCACGUCAAUUUUGAGAAAUUUUGGGAACUGGCAAAACAAGUCAGUGAAUUUAUGACAUGGAAGCAAGUGGAGUGUCCUUUUGAAAGGGAUUGGAAGAUUCUGCAGUACUUGCUCUCUGUCCCAGUCUUCAGUGAUGAUGCACUUUACUUGGCUUCCUAUGAAAGCGAGGGUCCCGAGAACCACAUUGAAAAGGACAGAUGGAAGACACUAAGGUCAGCACUUCUGGGCAGAGUCUAG